UGCCUCCCUCACUCAUAGCUCCCUCUAACGCCAUGUUGGCUGUUAUGCCUUGACUUGUUGUUUUCUUCUGCUUACUACGGACCUGACAGGAGUGGCUUGCUUUAAAGACCGCAGCGCUGUGUGGGGAGGUUUCUUCUCUGAUUUUCAUGCCUCUUUUGGAUGAGACGCACGGAGGAUUUAUGCGUCGCUUCCAUUUUGUGCAUUUAAAAGGAAUACGAAUUUGGAUUAACAGUGUUCACGGGAGCUUUCUUGUCUUAUGUGCAUAAAAAUGUCAGAUGUUCGCCUUUCUAAUGCGAGUCCGACCUUGGAGAGGGUGGAUGCGCGGCUGCCGGACAGUAUUCGGCCAUCGGUGCGCAGAUGCCUUUUCGGCACACCUGACCGAGAGGAGCUGCGGGAGACUUAUAAUGAAUUUAAGCAGGCGGAGGAGCGCCGCUUCAGGGACACCUAUAACUUCGACCCCGUAGAGGAUAGACCACUUUCUCCCGGAAAGUAUAAGUGGGAGGUAGACGAGAACGCGCCGGAGUUUUACCGCAGACCUCCUCACAGGAGAGAGAACCGCGGCAGGAGCAGCCCGCGGGACCAAGUGGAGACAACACCGGGGCAAACGGCAGAGACCGAGCGCUCCAGGAAACGACCAUCAGACCCCUCAGGAUCCAGCUGCAGCAGCGAGCCGCACAGUAAGAGCUCGCGCUCUAACGGGGAGCACGAGGGCGACCAGCCGGACCACGGGACCAGCCGAGCGGCGCAGGUCCCAGAGCAGGCGCCCGAGGACCAGUGACAGCGCAGCGCGGAGCUGGUGAAAUACUGUAGCCUUCUCGUCAUCUGACACGCAGCACAGAGUUAAAGCGGCCUUUGGAGGGAGCCCGGGCUGCACAAGCACUGAAUAUGUACACUAUCAAGUUUGGCACUCUUUUGAAUAUUUCCUCAGAAUCAGCAGACAAUGUAGCAGUGUGCAAAAAGGAUUUUGCUCAUUUUUUCUACUACCUACGUUUCAGAUGUAGCACAUAAAAAGCAUAAUAUGCUUUUCAUAUGUUUUUUUUUUUUUUUUUUUUUUUUUUUUUUGUCCAAUGUUUUUUGUGUGAAUUUGACUCAGAAGUUGCAGUGCAAUUUCCAACAGAGAAAUGUUGUUUGUUGAAAGUGGUCAUGAUGUAAUCUUAUUCAGGUAAAUUGAUGUAAGUUAAAUGCAGAUUUCAAAGUCAGGGUUAUUGGGAAAAGUGGCUUUACUCCCAGUGUUAAUGAAGGCCCAGGUGGACUCACUGAGAGUGGUGCUCCAUCGGACUGGGACAGCCAUCACAAAGUUUACAUGCAAUUCACCUGUCCUAUUUCCCCAUUUUGGUUUUGAUUUUUUUUUUUUUUAUAUAUAUUAUAUAUAUAUUUGUGGCCAAAGUCAGUGCCUUUAGUGGGAGGGCAGGGGUGGGUGGCUUAACUGCUGAGCAAUAUUCAAUCAGAUUGAACAGUAUUUGCUAAUAGUCCUAAGAUAAUAACCUUUAUUACAUUAGGUAGUCGACUUACCCCACAUGUCCAGGAUGUUCAUGUUUCAGUCACUGGGCGACAUUAUGCAAAUAUGUGAAUCAAAGACAAGUCUUUGUGUCGUGGAAUUCAUGUGGAACAUGUAAUUGCACUAUUAUUGAUUUUCAUUUGUGAGGGGCAGAAAACAAAGUUACACUGCCUCAUGUAAAACUGAAGUGUACCUGUGUGGCUUUUAUAAGAAAAACACUGAAAAAAUGAAACUAACUUAUUUAUGUUGAAAUUUGUGGGUGUGUGUAAAGCUUUCCAAAGCAACAUUUUUCCACAUUUGUAAAUGUAUAUUUUCAUUAUUGUUUUUAUGACCAAUAAACUCUUGCUAAACUGAGCCCAUAAUUGA